AUGCUACCCAUCGUUCUUGUUGCUGUAACCAAGUCUUUUUCCAGCGUUGCAUUUAAAGGGGAAUUCACCUCCAGUGAGUGCGGGCUUUUUCUGGAAGCUAGUUCCAAGUUCUGGGCAAAGCAAGGAUAUCUGUCAAGAGAAGACACCAAAAAGAUCACCAACUCAAGAGUUUUUCAUCAUUUAAAACAAGUAAAAAGAAACUUGGAAAAAAUAAUUGAAGAGAACAAAGGACAAGAAGGCAACAAAAAGACAAAGAGUUGCGCAGAAGAAAGCAUCUUAUCAAUUAAGCAACUAGAAAGAGAUUUAGAAGAUGACAGUGAAAAAGAAAGCAAGCAGACAGCCAUGUACACUGAAGAAGGUGCUCAGUUUAUUGAAAAUACAUGA